GGGAAGAAGGAGAAGCAGGCGGCGAGACAAGGCACAGCCACAGCUUCCCUGCAGGGAAGAAGACACGAGGGGAGAGAGCCCCGUCUACCCUCCCAGGGAUUUGGGAAGAAGAGGCUGGCGCGUACCCAGAGCCUUCCUGCUUAGGCUGCUCUCCUCUCUCUCCUUCUUGCUCCAGCUCCCUUCUGACCACCGCUGUGGGUCUGCAUCAGCCAGCUGCUCUUGGUCGCUUCUCUCUUUUGUCCAGGCUGACACAGUUUAUUUCAGGAUUUGAAGUGCUGGAAAUACUGUAUACAUGGCAAAGAACGUAAAAUUUCUUUCAACAGUUUUAAUGUUGUUGUUGCAUGAUUACGUAUCAUCUGAAGAUGGUGAUAUAAGAUCAAGUUGCCGAACUGCCCCAACAGAUUUAGUUUUCAUCUUGGAUGGCUCCUGGAGCGUUGGCCCUGAAAACUUUGAAAUUGUCAAGAGAUGGCUUGUAAAUAUUACAAGUAACUUUAAUAUAGGACCAAAAUUUAUUCAGGUUGGAGUAGUUCAGUACAGCGAUUACCCUGUACUUGAAAUUCCAUUUGGGUUUCAUGAUUCCAAUGAGAACCUACUCAGAGGAAUGGAAUACAUACAAUACUUGGGUGGAAAUACACAAACAGGGAAAGCAAUUCAGUUUGCGCUUGACCACCUAUUUGCUAAAUCUUCAAGAUUUCUUACAAAAAUUGCUGUUGUUCUUACUGAUGGCAAGUCACAAGAUGAUGUCAAAGAAGUGGCGGCUGAAGCAAGAAAAAACAAAGUCACUCUAUUUGCCAUUGGAGUUGGUUCUGAAACUGAAGAGGAUGAAUUGAGAGCAAUUGCCAACAAGCCUUCAUCAACGUAUGUGUUCUAUGUUGAAGAUUAUAUUGCAAUAUCCAGGAUAAGAGAAGUAAUAAAACAGAAACUCUGUGAAGAAUCAGUUUGUCCAACCAGAAUUCCUGUGGCAUCUCGGGAUGAAAAAGGAUUUGAUAUCCUCCUAGGGUUAGGUGUGAAGAAAAAGGUGAAAAAGAGAAUUCAGAUCCCAUUUACUAAUGCAAAAGCUUAUGAAGUAACUUCACGCAUUGAUCUAUCAGAAUUGACAAGGAAUGUCUUUCCAGAAGGACUCCCUCCAUCAUAUGUGUUUGUAUCUACUCAGAGAUUUAAAGUCAGAAAAACAUGGGAUUUGUGGAGGAUUCUGAGCCUGGAUGGAAGGCCACAGAUAGCUGUUACUAUACACGGAGAAGACAAAGCAUUAUCAUUUACUACAACAAGCUUAGUAAAUGACACUCAAGUUGUUACUUUUACUGCACCCCGUGUAAAGAUGUUGUUUGAUGAAGGUUGGCAUCAAAUCCGUCUCUUAGUAACAGAAGCAGAUGUAACGUUGUACAUAGAUGACCAAGAAAUAGAAGUGAAGCCAUUGCAUCCUGUUUUAGGGAUCUAUAUUAGUGGAGUGACUCAAAUAGGAAAAUAUUCGGGGAAGGAGGAGACUGUACAGUUUGAUGUUCAAAAGCUAAGAAUCUACUGUGACCCUGAACAAAACAACCGAGAAACAGCCUGUGAAAUACCUGGCUUUAAUGGAGAGUGUAUGAAUGGACCUAGUGACGUCGGAUCUACACCACCUCCUUGUAUCUGUCCUCCAGGUAAACAAGGACCAGCAGGCCCCAAAGGCGAUCCUGGACAACCUGGGAAUCAUGGCUACCCUGGAGAACCUGGUCCAGAUGGUAAGCCUGGCUAUCAAGGAAUAGCAGGAACGCCUGGUAUUCCAGGAUCCCCUGGGAUUCAAGGACCACGUGGACUUCCUGGCAUGAAGGGUGAACCUGGGUCAGAUGGAGCAAAGGGUGAACGUGGACCUCCAGGUUUCCCUGGAUUACAUGGGAUGCCAGCAUCUAAGGGUGACAGAGGUCCUAAAGGAGAUCCUGGGCCACCUGGAAUUUACGGGAAAAAGGGAGCGAAAGGAGGAAAAGGUGAUGGGGGAUUUCCAGGACUGCCUGGCCGGCCUGGCGAUCCUGGGAGGACAGGGAAGGAUGGUUUACCUGGAAUUCCUGGCCUUAAGGGAGAAGACGGACAACCAGGUUCUACAGGGCCAGAAGGAAGACGAGGAGACCCUGGAAUUCCUGGGAUUCCUGGAAUGCAAGGAAUAAAAGGAGAAAAGGGUGAAGUUGGACCACCUGGACCAGAAGGAACAAAAGGAUCACCAGGGACUCCUGGUUUGCCUGGACCUGAGGGGUCAUUAGGUUUACCUGGCGGACCUGGGUCUAAGGGCAGCAAAGGUGAACAGGGACUACAAGGGAAACCAGGACCAUCAGGUGUAAAGGGAGAAUAUGGUCGAACAGGUACUCCAGGGGAACCAGGCUAUCCCGGGAUACCUGGCACACCAGGUUUGAAGGGAGACAAAGGGAAUUCAGGUGAAAGAGGAUUCCAGGGCAAGAAAGGUGAAAGUGGCAGAAUAGGCAGUCCAGGUCACAAGGGUGAGAUGGGAUCCAGUGGAGCCAAUGGAGAGAAAGGCGAGAAAGGGGAUCCUGGUAUUCAUGGCAUCAAUGGACAAAAGGGAGAACCUGGCAUGAGUGGCUUGGUUGGUCCACCAGGUCCAAGGGGAGGACAAGGAGAAAGGGGAUCUCCAGGAAUUCCCGGCUCAGAUGGAAAACCUGGAAGAGGUUUUUCAGAAGAUUUUAUUCGACAAGUUUGUGCAGACGUGCUAAGAACCCAGUUACCAACUAUGCUUCAGAAUGGAAGGCAACACUGUGAUCAAUGCCAGUCUCAUGGUGCGGCCCCAGGACCUCCCGGUCCACCAGGCCCAGUUGGUCCCCAAGGUCCCCGAGGCUUUCCUGGCUUACAAGGGAAUGAUGGUCUUCCAGGUCUGACAGGGGCACCUGGACGUCAUGGAUCUCGUGGGGCAAAAGGACUACCAGGAAGAAAUGGAGCUAAAGGAAGCCAAGGAAUUGGACUUCCUGGUAUACCAGGGCCUCCAGGACCACCAGGUCCUGAAGGUCCACGUGGGAUGAGUAAAGAAGGACGUCCUGGAGAAAGUGGGGAACCCGGUAAAGAUGGAGAGCGUGGCAGUCCUGGAAUGCCUGGACGAACUGGACCACCUGGAAUUUGUGACCCAUCUUUAUGCUUUAGUGUAAUUGCAGGAAGAGAUCCAUUUAGAAAAGGACCAAAUUAUUGAGCUGGAAUGUGUUAAUGAUAGACUAGGCUUGAUGCUUGCCUUAUAUGAUCUUUUAAGUCUCAGGAAGACAGCUGGCAACAAUCUCCUUUCCCAGGAACUAAAGUACCUCCGGUGUAAAGUGUAAUAUGGUAACAUAAUUCCAUAUUCAGUGUGAGACUCUCAAUACGUGGAGUCUUUGGUCUAAUUACUGCAAAUCUCUGGGCCACAAACCUGUUAAAAUUAGUUCUCUGUCAUUUAAAGAAGAAAAUGAAGAGAAAAAAAACCUUUUACAUCAUUAACUUAGAAUUUCACUCCUUUCAGUCAUGACUGCCUUUAUCUGGAUUGGGAUUCUGAUAUUGAGUGGAAGUGCAUUUUCACCUAUAACAUUGAGAUUCACUCUUUCAAAGUGUCCUAGCAGUGUUUUUAUUGACUGCCUAAAGUUGAAGUGGGCCUCCAGUGCUCAGUGAGCAGGUAUGUCACUGUGAACUAUUUUGCAUUCACCCCACAUAUAUAGCUUCUUGUCAUUUUAAUGAAAUAUGGCUGGUUAUUUCAGAUAUCUGUGAAUUUCAUCAGUUUCUAUAUGUUUCAUGUUUUACCAGCUACAAUAUUCUUCUGUGAAAUGCACGAACCCCCAUUGUCAUCAUCUUUUUUUGUUGUCGUUGUUGGCUACUUUAACAUAAAGUGUUUUCAUGCCAUUUCUGUUACCCAUGUGGUCCUCAAAGAAUUUAUCCAAAUAUCCAAUUAUACAUUUUCUUCUAUAAAUGAGAAAAUCUCUGGAGGCUCCUUAAACAAUUUUUUAAAAACUUAGGAAGAGCUGAAUUCUAAUGAUAAUCUGGAAAACAUUUUUUUAAAUGAGAACAAAAAAGCAAAAUAAAAUUGCACAACAAAGUUAACCAUAUUUAAUUUUUCAGCCCAACUAUAGAGCUUAAUGUCGUCAUGUUUGCUAUGCUCCAUAGGACUGCAGUUGUCGAACAAAAGUUUACAAGAUACACUUUUUUUGCUCACUAUGUAACUAUAGUGUAUGUUAUGCUGCUUCACUGUAUGUUUUCAGCAAGGCAUUUCUAUGUUUAUUUUGUGAAAUGAGAUACAACCCCAAAGCACUGCUGGCCAUCUAAUUCUCAGUUGUACAAUUUCUAUCAGAGUUUGAAUCUUUUUUAAAGUAUUAAUGCAUAAUAAUUAAUGUUAUUACACUUACUCAAAGCUUUAUAACUGGUCGUUUGUUGUUGGUUUGUCUCUUGUCAUUUGUAAUAUGCUUGACAUUCAAGGUAAAAUAAAUUUUUACAGAAA